CCCACCACUUCCACACUUUUCCACAGUGAUCCAUUCCUGCUCGCGUUUUAUACCCACACUUCCAUUCCCUCAUCUACAUCCCAAGAUGGCCGGCGCCACCGCGACGAAUGCCGGAGAUACCCUCAUUCCUUUGAUCUUUCUCCUCAUCAUCAUCCCCGCCGCCACCAACGACGCCGAAGACCUCCGUCAAAUCCUCUCCCAUGUUGGCCUUCCACGCCGCAGCGCCGCACUCUCAAACCCCUGCCUCAUCACUGGCAUCUCCUGCAAGCUCAUCGGCCCUUCUCUCCGCACAACCCGCAUCUCUCUCCCCUCCCUCCGCCUCGCCGGGUUCAUAUCCCCGCACGUCGGCCGCCUCUCCGACCUCCGCGAACUUUCCCUCCCCAAAAACCGAAUCUCCGGGCCCCUCCCCGCCGAACUCUCACUCUGCACCAACCUCGAAACACUCAACCUCCGCAAAAACCGUCUUUACGGUGAGAUUCCCGUCGAUUUUUCGUCCCUUACCUCUCUCCGAUCCCUCGACCUGUCUUCCAACAGCUUGUUUGGCGACCUCCGCUUCCUCGUCUAUUUCCCCAAUCUCGAAAACCUCUCUCUCGCCCACAACUUCUUCUCCGGCCAAAUCCCUCCUUCCCUCUCCUCUUUCCCUAAUCUCCUCACCAUCGACCUUUCCGGCAAUUCCUACCUCACCAGCAACCAACCAUCCCUUACCCUCCAGCGCCGCAGCCUCCUCCCCUCAGACACUCUCGCCCCAAAUCCCUCUCCAUCCGAUCAUUUCAUCGCAGACAGCCCUGAAUCCAAUCCAACUCCCUCUCCCAUGCCCGUCAACCCCCACCACCGGAAACACAAACACAAGAUCCUGAACUGGAUACUUGGAUUCUUCGUAGGCUCAAUCGCUGGCGUCCUCAGCGGCCUCAUCGUCUCCACUAUCUUCCACCUAAUCCUCAACUACAUCCGCGGCCGUUUCCGUAACCGCAACGGCGCCGAAAUUUUCAGCCCCGUCAUAAAAAACAAGAAAGACCUCGCCUUCCUCGAACAGGACACCGGAUUACUCGACCUCGAAGUCAUCGGCCGCGGCGGCAGCGGUGAAGUCUACCUCAAAGAACUCCCCGCCACCAGCGGCGUCAAAAUGAUCGCCAUCAAAAAGAUCCGCAAAGCCGCCGUAGAAAACAACGCCGAACCCUUAACCGAACAAGAAAGCCGUCUCCUUGACAAAUGGGUGCGACAGAUCCGAUCUGAAAUCAAAACCGUCGGCCGAAUCCGCCACCGCAAUCUCCUCCCUCUUUUAGCUCAUGUCUCCCGCCCCGACUGCCAUUACCUCAUCUACGAAUACAUGAAGAACGGCAGCCUCCACAACGCCCUCCGCGAAGCUGCCGAAGGCCAGCGAGAUCUAACCUGGUUUACCAGACACCACAUCGCGAUGGGAAUCGCCGCUGGGCUCGAACACCUUCACCUCCACCAUAACCCCCACAUCAUCCACCGCGAUCUAAAGCCCGCUAACGUCUUACUCGACGAGAACAUGGAGGCCAGAAUAGCCGACUUCGGAUUCGCCAAAGAAGUGCCGGAAGCCCAUACGCACAUGACCAUGUCGAACAUCGCCGGAACAGUCGGCUAUAUCGCGCCGGAGUAUUACCAGACAAUGAAAUAUACGACGAAAUGCGACAUCUACAGCUUCGGCGUGAUUCUCGCGGUGAUGGUGAUCGGGAGAUUUCCGUCAGAUGAGUUCUUUGUGGAAACAGAGGAGCUCGGAUUGAUUAAAUGGAUGAGGAAGCAGGUGAGGGUUGCGAACACGGCGGCUUGCUUCGACGCAAAGAUCGCCGGAAGAGGAGACGAUGAGAAUCUUGAGCUGGCUUUGAGGGUGGCGUGUUUCUGUACGGCCGAUGAUCCCAAGGAGAGGCCGAGCAGUAAGGAGGUGAGGCUUAUGUUGGCUCAGAUUAGUUGCAGAAGCUAAAGAAAAUAUUUUAUUUCAUAAUAUGUUAAAAUAUAAUAAUUUUAGUAAUAUUUAUGUCUUAGUUUGAUGUUAA